AUGGUGCGUGUUGCUUACAAUGGCAAUUUAUCCCAGGAAUCCUAUUCCUUUAUUGGCGUGCCACAGGCUUCAAUACUGGGCCCGCUACUAUUCGUGAUAGCUUUCAACGACAUAGAUGAUGUCAUUAAGGAAUCCAGUAUAAUUAUGUAUACUGAUGACGUAGUUCUGUAUGUUGCUGCAGAUGAUAUCAAAGCAAUUAGCUGGAAACUGUCGAAUGAUAUGAGGAAUGAUAUGGAAAGUAUCGCUGAUUGGAUGGAUGAAAAUGAAUUUAUUAUAAAUUUAAAAGAAGGUAAAACUGAAACGCUCUUGUUUAGUUGUUUGGAACCACAAAACGCAUAAUUAAAUGAGCCAUUGUCGGUGAACUACAAAUAAUCCACUCUUAGGCAAGUGUCAGUGUACAAAUAUCUUGGUGUUGAAAUCAAUUCGACACUGAAUCUCAACUCGCAUUUUGAUGCCACUUUUAAGCGAGCAUCAUCAAGGCUUAGAUUGUUGCACAAUGUGGCGUCUUAAACUUAAACCUAACUACAACGCAGCAAGAUCGAUUAGCCUCCUUCCACAAGCGAGCAUUGAAAAUAAUCUUUGUUGUGGCAGUGUUCCUGUCAGAUCCAAAUUUUCCAUCAGCUGUGGAGCUAAAGAAGAAGCGAGCUUGUGUGUUGGUAAGGAAGAUUAUGGGUGGCGAUAUCUGUGAUCCAUUGAGUGGUCAUUUUAUUCGAAAUGAACAUGGUAGA